UUGAUAGCUGGCAUAAAUAGCGGUAUCACCUAUAUUUAAGUUUUAUAAAUAAAGAUGACAUGCUCAAUGCUGGUUCCAUUGAUGGAAAAAAACAUGGAUAACCUUAUUACUUUACAAAGUUCAUUUGCAACUCAUACUUUUAGGUAUCUUGCUACUGGAGACAGUAUGACAUCAAUUUCAUUUUCCUUUCGGAUUGCUCAUUCUACUAUUUCACAAAUUAUAAGGGAAACAUGUGAUGCUAUUUGGGAAUGUUUGCACGAAAAAGUGUUACCAAAACCAGAUGAAGAUACUUGGAGAAAUAUUGCAGAAGGCUUUAGCGAAAAAUGGCAAUUACCACAUUGUGUGGGCGCCAUAGACGGGAAACAUGUUAUAAUUCAAGCACCUCCAAAAUCAGGCUCAACAUACUACAAUUAUAAAGGUUCACACAGUAUUGUACUAAUGGCUUUGUGUGAUGCCAAUUAUAAAUUUAUAAUGGUUGACAUAGGAGCAGAGGGUCGCCAUAGUGAUGGAGGAAUAUUCAAAAAUAGUAAUAUGGGCAGAUUAAUUGCAACAAACAAUCUAAAUUUUCCUCCACCAUGUGCAUUAAUUGACAAUGGUGAUGAAGUUAAUUUUUACAUUUGUGGGGAUGAAGCUUUUCCUUUAUCCACAUGUCUAAUGCGUCCAUAUCCAGGCCGAUUUUUACCUCAGAUUAAAAGGAUUUUUAAUUAUAGGUUGUCUAGAGGAAGAAGGGUUGUAGAAAAUGCUUUCGGUAUAUUGUCAGCAAAAUGGAGAGUUUAUCGAAAACCAAUCAUUGCACAAGAAGAAACUGUUCGUAGCAUUGUUAAGGCCACUGUUUGUCUUCAUAACUUUUUAAUUGGUGCAGAGAAAAAAUAUGUGUCUCCGACUCUUGUGGAUAGAGAAGAUAUUGAAGGGCAACAAAUUGACGGGAAAUGGCGUAACUAUGCUACCUCGAAUCUUCCCAAUAUCAGAAGAACUAGUACUAAUAUGUGGGUCCAGACUACUCGUGCUCGUACUCGUACUCCGGCUUUUACUUGCGACUUGCCUAUAUGUGGACGUGGCGACAAGUCGGAGUGGGAGCAGCGCAAGCCAGGCAAGUACGUUACUCGUGAGGUUCCGACCGGUGUCGGUACAUCAAAGGAAGCUCGCACGGACUUGUAA